GCUUUUAUUUUGAUGAAACGUCAUGUGAUCAUGAAGUAAUUUUGUAUUUAGGGACAAGUGGUAGAUAUUUGUUAUGCAGGCCAUUAUAUUAAUUACAUUUAAAUUGUUUUACAGAUAAAUUGUACAGUUUUGUUGGUGAUUUUUAAAUAAUAAUUGAAGAUGUCGAGUCGAGGAGGUUACGGAUCAACCAGUAAAGAAUACCAUGACGAUCCAGGGUAUAGAGAGUAUUCAGAUAGUCCUUCCUCCAGUUAUCAGGGAGGAAGAUCGUCUGGUAUAUCUGAUUCGAUUGAUCUCAUUAAAAGCAAUAUUUUUAAAAUAAAUAGCGGAGCAAAUAGUAUUGAAAAAGCCAUGAAAAAUAUAGGAACAGAUCGAGACAGUGUUCAGCUCAGAGAUAAAAUACAUGAAAUAUCACAGACUACGAAUAAAAUAGCACAAGAUACAAUGAGAAUAAUGAAAUCGGUUGGAAAUAAAAGGGCUGAUAAACAACAAAAGAUACAACUGAGUAAACUAAAGAAUGAUUUCCAGGAAUCUGUGGAACGCUUCCAAGGUUUACAGAAGAUGGCAGCUGGUAAAGUGAAGUCUUCCGUGAAACUAGGAACCAACAAACCUACAACUAAACCAUUAGUGGACACUGGAAUGACUGGUUGGAAUGAUGAAGAUGAUGAUUAUUCGGACAAGACAGCGUUUUAUCGCCAGGAAGAAAGAAGAGUCGAGUUACAGGAACAACAACAGGUCGUAGAUGAUGACCUUGCUUUAAUACGAGAACGGGAGGAGAGAAUCAGACAGUUAGAGUCUGAUAUUUUAGAUGUAAAUGAGAUUUUCCGUGACUUAGGAGCUUUAAUUAAUGAACAAGGUGAAACAUUAGAUACAAUAGAAGCAAAUGUAGAAAGAACGUAUGGUAAUGUUGAGGCUGGAAAUCAACAAUUAGAUAAAGCUUCACAAUAUCAGAAAAAGGCAAGAAAGAAGAUGUGUUGUCUACUUGUGAUAUUUUUAGUUGUGGCAGCCAUUGUAUCUAUUAUUGUUGUUGUUAGUAUCAAAGGUUGAUUAUAUUACACUGUAUCAUACUCAACUUUAUCAUCUGUAAGGAUUUGAUAUAUCAAGGGUUGAUUAUAUUACACUGUAUCAUACUCAAAUUUAUCAUCUGUAAGGAUUUGAUAUAUCAAGAGUUGAUUAUAUUACACUGUAUCAUAGUCAACUGUAUCAUCUGUAAGGAUUUGAUAUAUCAAGGAAUUAAAAUGGCUUGAAAUAUAUGUUACCUGAACUAAAUGUGACCUGAAAUUAACAUAACCUAAAGUUGAUGAGACCAGAAAUUAACAUGUCCUAAAAUUAAAUUUGAGGUGACCUAAAAUUGAUGAGACCAGAAAUUAACAUGUUCUAAAAGAAAGGUGACUUGAAAUGAUGUGACCUAAAAUUACCUGGCCUAAAAGAAACGUGACUUGAAAUGUGACCUGAUUUGAAAUUAACCAGACCUAAUAUAAUAUAAAACUGAUGAAAAUCAUUUUGUAUAGUGUUCGAGCAAUCUCCUAUAUUAUGGUAAAAUUUUGCAACAUGUCAUCCUCUGCCGACGAUAUAAACAAUUUUUUUGUUAAUUUCUGGGGGGGUGGGUGGCCGAAUGGUUAGCACCUGCGUGCUGUAUCAUAAGGUCAACUGGCGUGGUUUCGAAUCCCUGGUUGUACGUGACAAGGAGUAGGGUCGCUUGUCCAACCUCGUGGGUUUUCUACGGGUCCCCCGGUUUCUUCCCACUGCUAAAGACCCCUACGCGCAAGCGAAUUAUUGAAAUAAAAUUUAACCAUAUGUUAGUCCCGAAAUGACCUACUUUGUGUUGAGUGGACGUUAAACCCCAUUUCUCGUUCUCUCUCUCUAUCUUGUUAAUUUCUUUUCAUGGUCUCUUUUUGAAUUCAAUUGAAUCUACUGUUAAUAUUUUGGGGGGUUGGAUGGCCGAAAGGUUAGCCACGUGAUCCCCCAUAUCUGAAAUGUUACCGCAUCUCAUGUUCGUGAGUAUGUGCGCGCUGCAUCAUAAGGUCUGUCAUUUAGUCAAAUGGCAUGGUUUCAAUUCUCCGGUUAUAUGUGACAAGGAGUAGGGUCGCCUGUCCAACCUCGUGAAUUUCCUCCGAGUCCUCCGAUUUCCUCCCACUGCUAAAGAUCCCUACGUGCAAGUGAAUUAUUGAAAUCAAAUUGGGCCAUGUUAGUCCCAAAAUUACCUAGUUUGUGUCAAAUGGACAUUAAACCCCAUUUCUCUCUCUCAAUUGAUAAUUAUAUUUCUGACCCAAAUAAAAGCAACAGGGUUUAAUGUCACGCUAACACCAUACUAUGGGAAUUUUUGGACAAAUAUAAUUAAUCCAUUCCAAAAAGGAUACAUCUUUUUCGAAUUUUAGACAUGUGUAGAAUUUGAAAAUUGACAAAAUGUACAUAUGUAAUUAUCUGCUAUCGCCAACAUUGUACGGAUCUUAUGUCAUGCGCAUGUCCAAAUGGUCCGUGACUUAUGAUUGGCAACGAACGGCAGUGGAUCGGCCAAUCAAACGAAUGCUGAGAACUUUAAUUAUGAGUGAAAUUCUCAUGAAUUAUUGCUUUGAUUAGACAUAAAAUUUCAUUCCAUUUGGUUGGAAAACUCAAUUUUGGUCCUCUGCCAAUGAUAGGAGUUAUUGGCUGUUUUGUCGAAACUGGGACAUUCAUUCAUUCUUUGAGGCUUAACUUCCACUUUCACCUUGGGUGAUAUUGCAGACAAGUGUUUUGUUAAGAAACUUGGAAGAAGAGCCCAAUGUAGGAGACUGGGACUUCUUCUAUUAUUGUUUAUAGUGUCCCCCACCGACACCCCCAUGGGACGUGGGUGUACUAUACUUCUACUAUGUUCACAAUUUUAAAAGUACUAUAUACCAUCAGAUAACACUUCCCACAUUGAAUUGUAUAUAUUUAAUGAUGCUUAAUUGAUUCACCAUGUAUAUAUGUUGUUAUUUAUAUGUUCAUCUUUUAGCAAUGAUCAAAGAUUUUUGUCAAAUUUUUAUAAAAUUGGGUUAGUCUAUUUGUUAAGAUAUGAAAUUGGGUUAGUCUAUUUGUGGAGUUAUAAAAUAUCUGUCUUAAGAAAACCAUGCUACAUUGUAGAUGUUGAUACUAUUAAUGGCUCUACAUGACUUAAUAUCAUUAAAAUGGUGUGUCUUUCCUGUCAUUGGACUUGUUUCAUCAAUUUUGAUCAACGGUGGUUUAUCGUUACAUUCAUUUAGCGGUAAACAAAAAACUCACCAAAUAUCAUCGGAAGGUGUUCUGUCCUGUUAUUACCCUUGCUUCAUAAAUCUUAUGAAGAAGUUUGAUCGGAGUCACAAGGUUGUAUCAUUCCGUAUAACGUUAAACAGAUAACUCGGCAUCAAUGCUAGUCCCCCCCAAAAGGUAUUUUAUAUUGAAUUACAAAAUGAUUUCUGGGAUUAUCUAUUGCUAGCAGUAAUCAUGAAUGACACUCGUUUACUACGUUGGCAUUUAUUCCAGUGACCAAAUUAAAGAUACAUUUUGUAAGAUUUAGAUUUAAGAGCUAGCCAUUCUUACUAUAAUAGUUCAAAAAUAGAUAAUGUAAAAUGAAUUUAUUGAAAUUUCAUUCAAAUUGCUCCAUUGCGAGCAAAGAUAUUAGCCUUUGAAGGUUUGACUAGAUGUGUGCAUUAAUUGCAACCACUGCACAGGUUGUUCGAAGCUUAGCUUCACUUCUCCAUUUUAAGAUUAAAUCAAAAUAUGGCUGAACCGUUCUAAUCUACUUAAUAUCGGAGAUAUCCGAUGACAUCAAGAGUUGAUUAUGGUCUGUAUAAUUAAUUAAUGUCUAAUUAAUAAUUUAGAAACAUUUCAGGCCUUAAGAAAGAUCUGAAAUAGACAGAUUUACCUCUUGCAUAAUGUAUGUUUAAUAGAACAUGGCACUUUUGUUGUUAAAUAAAUCAUUUGUGUCCAAAUUUUAUCAUACCAGAUGGUUUAAUAUGAUGAUAUAUUUAUAAUUAUUUGAAAUUGUUAAUUGGAUGGUAUACAUGUAUUUAUAAUGUUCAUUUCACAGAUGUAAAUUUUUCAUUAAUUAUGAAAUAAAAUAAAAUAUGCAUUGUCAACAGAAAAUAUAACUUUAUAAUUUUUAAAAGAUAAAAUCGCUAAUAUUUGGGACCUAGAAAUUGACCCAAAUGGGUCGCAACGCAUAUAAUAAUGUAAUCUGAUUGUAUAUAAACUGAUUUACAUUCAA